AUGCCUGCACACCCUGAUUCCGACCUCCAUCCCGAGGCGACCGGCCCAGCGAAAGCUCUUGUUGAGAGUCAUCGCAAUGAACAACCAUUAAAACUCUACGCUGGAUGGUUCUGUCCAUUUGUCCAACGGGUCUGGCUUGCUCUCGAGGAGAAAAAGAUCCCAUACCAGUACAUUGAGGUGAACCCGUACAACAAGCCUGAUUCUCUUCUCAAGCUUAACCCUCGUGGCCUGGUGCCUACCCUUCAAUGCCCGACCGAGCCAGAGCCUCGCCCGAUCUAUGAGUCGACUGUGAUUCUCGAGUAUCUGGAAGAAGCCUAUCCAGACCACAAGCCGCACUUUCUGCCCAAGGACCCGUAUGAGCGAGCCCGUGCACGGAUCUGGAUCGACUAUGUCACCUCACGCAUCAUUCCUGCGUUUCACCGAUUCCUGCAGUACCAGCCUGGAGACGACGAUGACGAUGCGGGGAAGCGUGCGGGAUUAGAUCAGCUGCGACGGGAGUUCCUCCACCACCUCAAAGUGUGGACUCAAGAGAUGCAUUCCGAGGGUCCGUUUUUCUUGGGAUCUGAAGUGAGCUUGCCAGAUUUGGUGCUGGCGCCCUGGGCUAUCCGGCUCUGGGCCUUUGAUGAGUUUAAGAUCGGUGGAGCGGGUAUUCCCGACGAAGGGCAGGGCGGAGAGGAUGAGACAACAUGGGCUCGGUGGAGAAAGUGGCUUUUUGCGAUUAAUGGAAGAGAGAGCGUUCAGAACACGACCAGUGAGAUGAAGCAUUAUAUGCCAAUCUAUAAGCGAUAUGCAGACAAUACAGCACAGAGUGAGCUCGCCAAGGCCACUCGUGCUGGUCGGGGUGUGCCCUGA